AUGGCUCCCAAGCCCCCCCAUCUGCUCUCGACAGGAAGAAAUGUCUCCUACGGCUCCGUCUCACAACCCACGAGCGGCAACGUUUCGCCCACGGGCAGCGAGUCGAACGUACUCCUGCGUACCGUCUCGCGAGACGGUUCCCGGCAGUCUACGCUCACGAGGAAACCUUCACGCCUGGCAGAGGAUGUCGACGGCGCCAUACUGGCUACUGGUCCUGACGGACGGUUUGGACUCGCGCAGUCGAGUCUGCCGAGCCAUGUGCUGCGUGACAAGGUGAAAGCCUCCGAGAACAACGAGGAUGACGACGACGACGACUACCGUGUUGAUGACUCGGGGAGCGAACACAGUCCAGAGCCCGUCGAUGAUUCGCCGUAUGAUGCCGUUCGCGCUUCUGUCUCUCCCGUAGACAACACGACGCUGUCAAUCAACACCCCAAGGAUGUGGAUUCUUUCUACACUGUUUUCCGUCCUCGGCUCUUCAACAAACCUCUUCUUCUCGCUACGAUACCCGAGCGUCUCGAUUACACCUGUGAUUGCCCUGUUACUAGUACACCCUCUUGGUCUCAUGUGGGAUUACAUGCUCAAGUCUCCCGCCGACCCCCGUGAAGUCUUCGAGGAUGGCGUUCUCGACCACAUCUUGGACGACCACCCCGAAAGGCGAACACGAUGGAGUCGCUUCCGCCUCUGGCUGGCCCAGGGAAGAUGGAACGAAAAGGAGCACACGUGUGUCUACGUGAGUAGCAACGUCUCCUUUGGUUUCGCCUUCGCAACAGACGUCAUCGUUGAGCAAUCGAGAUUCUAUAACCAGGAGGCUACCAUUCCGUAUCAGCUGUUGCUCAUCCUGUCGACCCAGAUUCUGGGCUACGCCUUUGCAGGCAUUACGCGCCGCUUUCUGGUUCGUCCUGGCGGCAUGAUUUGGCCCGGCACGCUCAUGUCUGCUGCGAUGUUUGGCACUCUCCAUAAGGAGGAGAACAAACCGGCCAAUGGCUGGCGCAUGUCCCGAUGGAAAUUCUUCUACAUUGUGUGGACGGGAGCCUUCGUCUUCUAUUUCCUGCCGGGACUCCUCAUGCCGUGUCUCAGCUACUUCAACGUCAUCACCUGGUUUGCACCGAAGAACGUCGUCAUUGCAAACCUGUUCGGGGUGUCGUCUGGACUUGGCCUCUUUCCCCUGACUUUCGAUUGGGCGCAGAUCUCUUACAUUGGCUCUCCGCUCUUGGUACCAUUUUGGGCGGCAAUGAAUGUCAUUGGCGGCAUGUUCGUCGUCAUGUGGUUCGUCGCGCCGAUUGCUUACUACGGAAACAUGUUCUACUCUUCUUACAUGCCAAUCUUGUCGUCAGCUGUAUUCGACAACACCGGAAACGUCUACAACGUCAGCCGCAUCCUGACUGACGAGUUUCUCUUCGACAAGGAGGCCUACACGAACUACAGCCGUGUCUUCCUGCCCAUCACCUACGUGCUGAGUUAUGGAGUGCAAUUCGCAGGUCUAGCUGCGUUGCUCACGCAUACGGCCUGCUGGCAUGGAAAAGACAUGUGGGAGACUUGGAAGACAUCUUGGCAGGAGGCGCGGGAGGAUGGCAAACCAACCUACCAGCCUGUUUCAAACGAACCCGAUUUUGCCGCACCAGACAGCCCAGCAACGCCGGGCCUGUCAAGGGCAUCCACAAAUUCAGACAGCCAUCUCUUCAAGGAGGAUGUGCACAGCCGACUGAUGAGACGCUACCCGAUUCACCUGCCAUGGUAUGGAUUGCUACUUGCAUUGGGCGUCUGUGCUGUCUUCUUUAUUCCCAACGGCAUCAUCAUGGCAGUGACGAACCAGCAUAGCAGCAUUUAUCUCAUUUGCCAGCUGAUCUGCGGUGCUGUCUUCCCCGGACGACCUAUUGCGAACAUGGUGUUUGUGACAUACGGCUACAUCUCCUCAGCGCAGGGCAUCAAGUUUGCCUCGGACCUCAAACUCGGCCACUAUAUGAAGAUCCCUCCUCGCAUCAUGUUCUCCGUUCAGAUGGCGGCGACCGUGGUCUCGUCGAUCACACAGAUCUUUGUGCUCAAUUGGAUGUUCGCCAACGUUCCCGGCAUUUGCACCAAGGAUGCGGUCAAUGGAUUCACCUGCCCGUUCGCUCGUGUUCACUUCAACGGCUCAAUCCUAUGGGGCGUUGUCGGGCCCGGCGAGUUCUUCGGACCCAACGCGACCUACAGGGGCCUUGUCUGGUUCUUCCUGUUGGGGGCCGUUCUGCCAAUCCCGCUCUGGCUAUACAGUCGCAACAAGAAGAACAGCAUUGUGCGAAAAAUCAACCUGCCGCUGGUGUUCGGCACGAUGUCCUGGAUUCCACCGGCCACAGGACUCAAUUUCUCGGUGUGGGUGCUGGUGUGCUACGUCUUCAACUACCACAUCAAACGCCGCGCGAGCGCGUGGUGGGCCAAGUACACCAUGACAAUGAGCGCGGCGCUCGACUCAGGAUUGGCAUUCGGUAUCGUGAUUGUCUUCUUUGGCUUUGUGUACCCGGGCCUGAUGAAGGGCUUCAGCUGGUGGGGAACAGAGGUUUACAAGCAGGGCUGCGACUGGCAGGCGUGCCCUUACAAGACGCUGCCCGAGGGCGCGCAUUUUGGACCAGACACAUGGUAA